UUUACAUUCGGAUUAUGUUUACAGGCAAAUUCGCUCUUCCCUUUGAGAGAGUGCACGACAAGGUUGGAUGGACCAGCCUCUUCCAGAGGUAUUGGUAUCACUCAAUCACAGUUUCUCUCCUUUACUACGUAUUUGUGCGACUUUUGCAGCGUUUGAUGCGCGACCGUCAGCCCUUUCAACUCAGAGUUCCUCUCAUCGUUUGGAACUUUGUAUUGGCAAUAUUUAGUUUUGCGGGACUUGUUCGCUUCUCUGAGUGUAUUCUAUUUGUCAUUCGUGCAAUCCGGACAGUGUCAUUGUUGUUCGCCUUCUCAAAAAUUGUUGAAUUUGGCGAUACGUUAUUCAUUGUGCUUCGAAAACGGAAACUCAUUUUUCUUCAUUACUACCACCAUGCUGCAGUAUUUGUUUAUACCAUUCAUUCUGGUACUGAACACACUGCUCCAGGCCAGGCAUUCAUUUCGAUGAAUUUCCUUGCCCACUCCGCUAUGUAUUCGUACUAUACAGCCAAGUCUUGUGGCAUAAAAGUUCCAAGACCUAUAGCUAUGGCGGUGACUAGCAUCCAAACAGCUCAAAUGUUCUUGGGAGUUGCUGUUUCCACAUUGGUUCUGAAACUGAAGCUUUUGGACGGAUAUAGAUGCCAGCAAAGUUGGGCCAACUUAAUAUUAGCAUUCACUAUAUAUGCCACCUUUGCUCUUCUGUUUGUACGUUUCUUCGUUGACGCCUAUUUGCAUCGCAACCGAAAACAAAAAGAAAAAUAAUUCGAAGCAGCUAUACUAAUCUUGUGCUGAUUUUUAAAAUGAAUCGGAUAUCUGAUCAAUAUACUUACAAAAAAUUUUCCCUAUUUUUUUCGAAAUUUUAUCAAUUUUAUUUUUCUUAUAUACACACCUAUAUAUUUAUUUUCAAUCCUGGGAAAAAAUUUUUCUGCCUGAGUACUUAAAAUCCAUCUCUUUUGUGUGCACAACUCGCAUUUCCUCAUCCAUUUGUGUGCCUUUUGCUCCCACUCUGUUUUCUUCCCGCUGCCUGGCCGAGAGCAUUUUGAUGGAGACAGCCGCGACGUUGGGAUGGGCCACCCAUUGAUUUUCCUUUGGCUUUUUCUUCUCCUCUUAUCCUUUGCUC